AUGCGCGGCAUCCAAAUCAAGGAAUAUGUCAAGUCUCCCAAGGAGCUCCGUGUAACAGAACUUCCGGAGCCCGUCCCCAAGAAGGACGAUGAAUACCUCAUCCAAGUCCACGCCACGGCCGCAAACUUCUUCGACAUCCUCCAGAUCCAAGGCAAAUACCAAACCCAGCCCCCAUUUCCGUGGACAUCCGGCUGCGAAUUCGCCGGCACGGUCCUGAAAGCCCCGGCCAAGGCCAAAUUCCCCGUCGGCGCCCGCGUCUUCGGCGCAACACAAGGCGCCUUCGCCGAGAAGUGUGUCGCCCGCGAGAAGGAGCUCCUCCCCGUCCCGGACGGCUGGUCCUUCCAGGAAGCCGCCGGCCUCUUCAUCACCGCCCCGACCUCCUAUGGCGCCCUCGUCGUCCGCGCCGGCAUCAAGCCCGGCGACAUCGUCCUCGUCCACGCCGCCGCCGGCGGCGUCGGCCUGGCCGCCGUCCAGGUCGCAAAGGCCUUCGGCGCCACCGUCAUCGCCACGGCCUCCACCCCGCGCAAGCUCGACGUUGCAAAGUCCUUCGGCGCCGACCACGUCGUCGACUACCGCGAUCCCGAGUGGCCCGCGCAGGUGAAGAAGCUCACCCCCGGCGGCCGCGGUGUCGACAUCGUCUACGACCCCGUUGGCAUGGUCGACGCCAGCACCAAGUGUACCGCGUGGAACGGCCGCAUCCUCAUCAUUGGUUUCGCGGCUGGCAAGAUUGAGAAGGUCGCCAUGAACAAGGUUCUCCUGAAGAAUAUCAGUCUUGUGGGCAUCUUCUGGGGCCAAUACGCCGUGAGGGAGAAGGAGACUGUGGUCAAGGUCUGGGAGGGAAUCAUGAAGCUCGUCGCCGAGGGCAAGCUGCGCGGCACAGAAUUCACAGACGAAGAGUUCGUUGGACUCGACCGUAUUCCGGAUGCCUUGAUAGCGCUGGGUAGCAGAGGCACGUGGGGCAAGGUCGUCGUGAAGGUUCCCCAGGACGGCCAGAGUAAGUUGUAG